CCCACCCAAAAAAAUCAGUGUGGUAACGACAAAGACAAUAUUUGAAUAUUUCUCUAACACACACUAUUGCUAUCCUGCCAUUGUUAUAGUUGCUAUCUGCUAGUGUCGACCACCACAAAGCCAUGGAAGCUGCAUUAUGCAGUGCACUUGCUCUUUCACCCAACCAAGUAUUCAAUGCAUCAAAUCCUGGAGAUAAAAAUUUUCCUUUGAAAUAUAGCAAAGAUCGCAGUGUUGUAAUGACAGUGGCAGCCACUGGAAUUUUAGGGAAAGGUGGUGGGUUGUUGGAGAGGCCGACCAUAGAGACAACAUCACCUGGUCGGGAAUCUGAAUUUGACAUAAGGAAAUCAAGGAAAACAUCCCCACCAUACCGAGUUUUGCUGCACAACGACAACUACAACAAGAGAGAAUAUGUUGUGCAAGUGUUGAUGAAGGUAAUACCAGGAAUGACAGUUGAUAAUGCAGUUAACAUCAUGCAGGAGGCACAUUAUAAUGGACUAGCAGUGGUGAUCGUGUGUGCCCAAGUGGAUGCAGAAGACCACUGCAUGCAGUUAAGAGGAAACGGACUUCUGAGUUCAAUUGAGCCUGCUGAUGGUGGCUGUUGAUAGAGAUAGAGAGACCAUUGACAUGAGCUUUGGCUAAUAGUUUCAUUUGGGGAGGGGGUGGUCACUGGUCACAUAUCAUAUCAUACACAGUUUCAUAAUGUGCAUCUUUUCAAUCAUUGAAGAUAAUUGUAUAGGAAAAUAGUGACUAGGAGAGGAAAAGGAUAGUGUUAGUUAGUACUUAUACAGAACAUAAAUUGCUACUACCAACCGCUGGAUUUAACGUGUUAUACAUACUAUCAUGAGUACAAUGCUCUACUUAGUAAUAAUUUCACCUUGGCUAUACUUAAGAA